AUGCCUCAAUAUAGACAAUCCGGAACCGAUAGAUUUAGCGUUCGCGGAGGAGGAGGAGGAGGCUCAGCGUCUGAUCACGUAGCGAUCGGGAUCCGAAACGGAGCGAGUCAGCACGGGAAGGCUAACCGUUGGAGGCGAUCCGUUCGACCUCGGCGCCUCGGAGUCAGCUCUGUUGUCUUCGUUCUCUGCCUUGUGCUCGUUGUCACUGUUCUAGCCUACUAUUACAUCUCUGGUUUCGCUAAUAAUGGCUACGAUGAUAAAGGAUUCGAUUCUUUCGACGGUGAUUUUCUUACGAAUGUGACGAGAAUUGAUCCGGCGAAGGUGCUUGAGUUUGGUCACGGUUCAGUGGUUCAUGGACGAGACUCGAGGUAUUGGGAUAAGGAUGAUAGACGACGGGAUGAUGAUUAUAAUGAAAAUGACUUAGAGCAUAAACCUGUGAAGGGGAUUGGUUUGUACAAUGAAGCUGGGCGGAACGAGUUAAACAAGUAUGAAGCAGAGUAUCAAGCUUCCCUUGUCAAAAAAGGUGGUGGUGGUGGGGAUCACGAGGCAGAUAUGGACCCUGAUGCAAUUGAUUCUCAUGAUAGUCAAGGAGAUGAGUACGUUGAUUCUGGCCAUGAUGAUGAUGAUGACAGUGAAGAUCCGCACAAGGAGGUUCUUCCUUCCAUGACCAAACAACAUAUUACCAAAAAGGAGGAUGGAGAUACUUCAAAAAGGUCACUUGGGGAGUCUAGUAAGUCCGGGAAGACAUCACGAUCUGUUUCAAAACGAAGAGCUCGUGUUCGCAGAUCUUCAGCUUGUGAGAUGAAACUAUUGAAUUCUAGUCAACCCAUAGUGGAGCCCUUGAAUACUCGAAAAUCUGCUAGAUUCUCCUUACAGUACGUAGAGGAUGAGGAAAAACCUGAUGGAGAAGAACAGUGGGAGCCUAGGUUUGCAGGUCAUCAAAGUUUACAGGAGCGAGAAGAUUCCUUCUUGGCUCAAGACAAGAAAGUUCAUUGUGGUUUUGUCAAAGCUCCCAAAGGAUCUCCAACCACUGGGUUUGAUCUGACAGAAGAUGAUACUAAUUAUAUCAGUAGAUGCCACAUCGCUGUCAUCUCAUGCAUCUUUGGCAAUUCUGAUCGCUUGAGGCCUCCUGCCAAUAAAAUGAUAAGUCGGUUGUCAAGAAAAAAUGUUUGCUUCAUUGUGUUCGUGGACGAGAUUACCAUGCAAACACUUUCUGCAGAAGGCCAUGCCCCAGACAGAGCAGGAUUCAUUGGUUUGUGGAAGUUGGUUGUGGUAAAAAAUCUACCUUACGCAGAUAUGAGGAGGGUAGGCAAAAUACCAAAACUGUUGCCACACCGACUUUUCCCAUCAGCAAGGUACUCAAUUUGGUUGGACAGCAAGUUACGACUUCAGUUAGAUCCCCUGCUCAUUCUGGAGUACUUCCUAUGGCGUAAAGGGCACGAGUAUGCUAUAUCCAAUCACUAUGACCGCCAUUGCUUAUGGGAAGAGGUUGCACAAAACAAGAAGCUGAACAAGUACAACCAUACUGUUAUUGAUCAACAGUUUGACUUUUACAAGGCUGACGGUCUGACCAGAUUCAACGCUUCAGAUCCGUUUAAGCUUCUUCCUAGCAAUGUUCCAGAGGGGUCUUUCAUAGUACGGGCACAUACUCCUAUGUCGAACCUAUUCUCAUGUCUUUGGUUCAACGAAGUGGAACGCUUUACUCCCCGUGACCAGCUGAGCUUUGCUUAUACUUACCAAAAACUAAGACGGAUGAAUCCUGACAAACCAUUUAAUCUUCACAUGUUCAAGGACUGCGAGAGAAGAAAGAUUGCAAAAUUGUUCCGUCACAGAUCGGAGGAGAAGCGAAACCUUAUUCAAGCAGCACUACAACAAUAGAUGACCCUGAGCUCCUUUCUAAAAAAGAAAAUAUAUAUAUAUAUUACUUGUUGGGGUCUCUACAACCAUAUUCAGUGUCACUUGGAGGAAAACCACGUUUCUUUGCUCCGAUGACUUUAGAACUGCUUACGUUAGAUCUCGAGUCUGUUGCUUGUGGCAAGAACCAGAGGAGGUAUACCAAAAUAGUGUGAUGUGAUUUGUAGAGUGUAGAAGAGUACUUGGAAAGAAGAAGAGGCUUUGUUUAACAUUCUCGAGGGUCCUCGAUUUUUAUUUAAUUCAUUGCUUUGUUUUUGUCUGGUGUCACUAUCAUUCUCGAGGGUCCCCUUAAAAGAUACUUACAUUGAUUAAAUUUUACUAUUUUUUUAGCCAAAGCAUAAACAAGAUAUGCUGAUAUUUCAUAUUUGAAAAUAUAUAUAUUAUAUCUAUACUAUUAAAACAC